GCCAGGUAUCCUUUGCUGCUCCAUUCCUUGACAUCCAUCUCGCUGUUCUUCUUUUUUGAAUCGGUUUCCCAUCUGUUCCAUCCGAGUUUCCCAUUGAUCCGCUGUAUUUGACCCGUUGUCCAGUCGUCGUGGAGUGAUUCUCCCGUUCUUCUUUACGUGCCGGAGUGGGCUGGCAGAAAGAGCUUUUUUUGCCAUUACCUCUCCAUAGCCUCAUAGCUGUAUGUCCCCGAGACACUGUGAUAGUGUCAGCUUUGUUUGGCUUGCAUGAGGGGGAAGUUAAAUUUUAAAAAAGAGAAAAAUGAAAAUGGAGAAGAAAGACCUUUGUAUCUGACAUCUAAUGCUCAUUAUUGCCCAUUCUAGUUCCUGUGCAAUUUGUCCACAUCGUAUUUUUCUUGGUCAUCAAUACAUUACACAAUCGGCCCGCCCGCAUCAAUCAACUCCUGUUUUGCAAGAAACGCGAUUGCAAACCUCCCCCCACUCCCCCUUCACACACCCAUACUAUGGGUCGAAAGCCGAAUCAACUCAUCCUCGAGUUCUUCAUUCGAGGCCAGAAGCUCGAAGACGCCAGCAACCGAUAUCAGCACACCUGCAAGGCCUGCGGUGAGAAGUUCCCGAAGGGUCGCAUCGACAGCUUGACCAACCACCUGGUCAAGAAAUGCCAGGCCAUUCCUCUCCGUGACCGACAGCGCGUUCUCUUGCGACUUCAUGAGCUUCCUGACCUGGCCGACGGAGAACAGAAAGACCCGAACCUGGCUGCCGCGAACAAGGGGAAACCGGGCCAGCUGACCUUUAGCGCGAGACAGAAUUUCGACGGUCUCAACGUGUUGGCGGAAGCUUCGAGGCAGGUUGGUGCCUCUGACCAUACAAAACGUCGUCCUGCAUAUUCUCAGUCCAUGACUGUGGAGGGCAAGCCUGUUAUCGUUGACCCUGCGCUAGAAGCUGAAGGGUUCCAGGGUCAUGUUCUCAAAUCAGAGCAUAUCGAUGAGAGCGCUGCAAACACUACCGGAACUCCGCAACCUGCAAACAGUCCAGCCUUUUCUUCUCUUCCAAAUAACGCACAGGGCGAUAACCCACCGGUUUCCCCUUCGCUGAGGGAUGUAGCAUUAUCGCCGGAUUCUGCCUCUAAUGCUCGCCAGUCGCAACUGUCGAUGAUCGCUGCUUCGGCCAGCGAAAUGGUUCCACAAGGACUUUCCACGGAAAACGACCCUAUGGCAGACGGUCUUCCUAGGAUCGGGGGAGUCUGGAACCAGUCCCUGUCCAGUCACGAACAACUGCUUUUUGAGAGUUUGCAGGAGCAUGACCCGUCGUUGACGGCUGCGACGCAGACGCAACGCGCUGCAAGUUUCCCGCGUCCUAUCGCAAUGAAUCCGAACACCCAGGCAAAAGGAUUUGUGAACGAGUUUGGCAAUUCAACUAAACCGACAAAACCAAAGGUUCGAGGAAGAUUUUCCGCAGCUAGACGUAGGGAGGUGCAGGAGGUGAGGAAGCGAGGGGCGUGUAUUCGAUGUCGAAUGCUUAAAAAACCGUGUUCUGGCGAUAGCCCCUGCACAACUUGUGCCAGUGUCGAGAGUGCGCGUCUUUGGAAGCACCCAUGCAUUCGUACGCGCAUUGCUGAUGAAUUCGAGCUCUACAAUGCCAACCUGCAUGCUACCCUCGCCUAUCAUGAUGUCAAUAACAUCAGAAGCCAAGUCAAGUUUGAGCACUACGCUGGCCGCAUCGAGGUCACACACUUCGAGGAUAGUAUGGUAUUCAUGACCUUCAGUGGUCUCCAGGGCCACAAAGCGUCUGUCUCUGCGUUGGAUCCCCAGCUCCAAGGACUGGGAGACGAUCCGCACUUCCAAGGACCUCUGCACGAAAUUUACCUGCUGGACAGCGAUGCCGAUGAUCUUGCUGGAAAAUUGGAGAUGUAUAUUAAAAAGACGGCUCCAUUAUUUUAUGAGCGGGAGACAUCACCAAUCAUGAAGCCCACAUUGAUCCAAGCAGCUGAGCUGAGCCAGUUGAAAAAGGAUGUUUUGCUGGAACGCGUUUUGGAGUUGUGGGUUGCUACUCAUAUUCUUGCCGACUCGGAGCUGCGCUGGAAGACAUAUGCCAAUCCUACUCUCCCACCUACAUCAAUGCAUUCGCUGGCACAGCCGUCGGAUGAUGGACGCAUACCGAUUGACGAGGUUACGGAUGCGGAAUCCUACGCCCUCUUGUGCAGCCAGCUACGGGCAGCAGCAGAGAAACGCGCGUCGCAGCUUAGCAAAACGGUAAUGAAUGAUCUCGAGCGACGUCUGCUUCAACGACAGCAGAGUGGCUGGUUUGAGACCUUUUUGGUAGCCAUCAUUCUACUGAACUGCGUGGAGAGGACCUGCUGGUUAUUCCGCUCUUGGGAUAAUGAGGACUUUGCGCAGCGCUGGCCUCUUGAUAAACGCCCUCCUUACUACGCAAACCAAGGGGACCGAUUUUCGGACAUUCUUCACAUGCUGCUCAAGAUGCGCAGUUUGCCUCCCAAGGCUAGUCCCCGACCAGAUACUGGGAUAUUGAAGGCCAUAGAUGGCAGUGAUGAGAAUGCGGCGAGAUGGUUUGAUACUCUUCAGGUUACUUCUGAAUUCCUCCAACUCCGGCAAUCCGCAGUAUUCGACCCCAGCGACUCCCGAUCGUUGGAUCUGCGGUACGGAGCGAAAUUGAUCCAGCCAGCAAAUACUUAUACCUGAGUCUAUUCUAGCCACUAGAUAUCUGUUUCUCAGCGAGAAGGGGAGAGAAAAAAAAGAAAGAAAAGAAAAGGUGACAAAAAAAGAAGAUCAGACUGGGAUUCUGCUGUAUUCUAUCUUAAUAGGGUGUGUAUCGACAUGUAUGAUUCUUGCUCCCACCAAAACUUCAAUCCGUAAUGAGAUGGUUGAUCGGGACUGGAGAGGGUGUAUUCUCUACCGUGUGGCAGUUAGGUUAUUCGGUUUCAGGUUGUGCUUGAAUAAUUAUAACUUGAAUCAUUAUACCUCUAGAUCCAUAAUGGGUGUAGCUAUACUUCCUGUGUACUAGAUACUAUAUUUUAUGGAUUUCAGUGAG